AGGAAGCAAAGAAGCAAGGAAGCAACGAGAAUUCACAUUUCCGCAUUUAUUCAUCGAGAGAGACGCGGAUGAUUCGAGAUAAACUUUGCAAGGUGUUGAUAAGAAUAUUUCGAGAUGGACUCUAUUGACUACGAGUCAUAUUUCGCAACUUGUGUUGGGACGUUGAAUAACUGGCAAGACAUCUGGCGUGGAUAGAAGAUGAAUAUUUACCAAAAAACUUUAGAAGGUGAUUUUUUAUAAACUACUUAAACGAUGGACAAGUUUUUCGAGUAACUUGGAUGAAAAACAGAAAAAGACCAAAACUCAAUGAUGAAUACUUCUUACCUUCUGGGGGAAGAUGAAGAUUGGGGUCAACGAUAUUACUUUACUUAUUAUAGUGAGUUCGGUGACAGAAAAGGUGCCAGCGGAAUAGAGGUCUUAGUCCUUGUUGUCACGUUCGUGAUUGCAGUGGCCGCUAAUUUGGGAAUGGCUAUAUGCGUCCUCAGAUACAAGGAAAUGAGAACACCAACUAACUUAUGCUUGGUGAAUCUCGCAGCAGCAGAUUUACUCUUUUCCUUGGGGGUUCCUGCUGUCGCCUACACGAGGCUGACGCAGUCCUGGAAUUUAGGCGAUACAGUCUGCAGAUUGCUUCCCUACUCGCAGUUUGUUUGCGGUUUUGUGCUGCUGUGGACUUUGACGCUAAUAUCGAUGGACAGACAUCGAUGCCUGGCAGUAGCACCUUAUCGAAGUGCUUUGACGAUACCUAGAGUAUUAGCUGCUGGUCUAGCCACUUGGCUAAUUGCUGCCCUAGUUUUUCUACCCGCCGUAUUUUGGUUUAAAACGGUUAACACAUACAGUGCGACGAUAUGCACACUAGUAUUUCCAAGAAGCGAUGUAUUAAAUGUUUCGUUAUGCUUCACAAUCCCUAUAAUUAUAGUAGCCUGUCUGUUACCAAUGGGACUUUUGGUUUAUCAUUAUCAGAGGAUUUUUCAAAGUAUCCUGGAUACCCGAAAUAGAUGGGCUGUACCAUGUGUUGUUCAGGGUCAGGAUGGAUCCGAUAGGAGAGAUUCGGAACUUUCGAUAGUUGGGACCCUCGUUCCCUGGGCAGGAAGAAAAUUAUCCGUCCCAGGUCGUCAAGGACGAGCCGGAAGUCUCUCGCAACACGAGGAAAUUCGGCUGAAUAAACAUCUCCGAGUAGUGAGACUACUUCUCCUAAAUGUUGUCGCUGUCCUCGUGAUGUGGCUUCCAAUUACAGUAGUAAUGUUGCUCAUUUACCUGGACGGCAGGAGACCGAACGAGGACACCCGUUUUUUUCUGAGAUCACACCACUUCAUCUGGGCAGUCGUGAUCGCCCAAUUGAACACCGUCGUCAAUCCUCUGCUGUACGGGGUUUUUUCGGAAAAUAUCCGCUCCUGUUUGGUCAAAUUUUGGCAAAAAGAUCGCCAAGGCACGAGCUGUGAUCGGGGAAGUGGAGGAAUUAGUUCGAGAAAAGGGGUCAAGUCUUUUGAAGCUCUUCAGGGCAGGCUGGGUGGUGCACCUAGGCCGCAAAAGAAAAGCUCCAGCUGCAGUAUUGGCAGCAUCAUCGAGGUUCCUAGUUCAGAAAGGAUGUAAGGAAGAUCUCGAGAAAUAUCUGCAGAUUUUCCUUCAGAGCGAGAAGGAUAUUCGAGACAAUGUAUUUAUUAUCUUGGGAUUGCUAACUUGAUCUGGAAUAUUUCACUAACCGGGGCCUAAAAUAGUUCGAAUUCCGUUAUAUUUGAUUUUUCACAAAAUAGAUACAUUUUUGACCUAAUUAGUUGAAUUUUCAGUCAAGGAGAUUAAUUUU